CAGCAGCAACAAUGCGACGUUCAUUUCACCGUUUGCUUCCCGAGGUCCGACAGUAGGAGACUGUUUGGUUGCUGGUUGCACGUUUUGUCCGUGAUCCGUUAACGGUGUUAUCUAUUUCCUUUAAUUUUUUGUUUGGUUGGACCGGCCCGUAGCGACCAGAUACGGUCAUACGGAGCCACAGUUUGUCGUUACUGCUCCCAGCCAGCGUGAACCGAUCCCACGGAGCUCAUCCCACAGGCCACAGCACUCCUCCGGUACUCCCCUCGCACGACUUCACGAGCGCGGUCGACUGCCGCCGCCACCACCGCCGAUCUGCAAGGUCCCGUCGACCACCGCCACUCUGCAAGUGAGGGGAAAGAGGCAAGAUUGAGGAGGGAAGCAUCGCUGGUGUAUCCGCCGCCACAUUCGUCGCCGGGAGCCAGCCCAUAUUCGAGACGAGGUCGAGCUUUGCUGCCUUGGCGAGCUUCAGUCGAAUCAAGGUUGAGCCUGGCGGCAGGCCAGUAAACAGAGCAACGCAAAACCCUUCGAAUCAAUGGAGACCUCCGCAGCAACCCCGACCCGGCCGCCCCACCCGGCGGCCGCUUCCCCAUCGCCGUCGCCCUCGUCGUCGCUGAGGCUGUGGAGGUCAGCGGCGCAGCGCAACGUGCGCAAUCAGUGGUCCCGUCUGAGCGCCGCCAAGGAGCAGUGGCUGGCCGCCGUUGCUGAUGGCCGCGCCCACGCCUCCGCGCUCGUCAACGCCCACCUCUGCCGCAGGAACAUGCCAGCGACGGAUUUGGGGGUGCUCAAGGAUAUGCCGGGGAUCCGCGAUAAGGCUAACUCCAAGUUGGUGCUUAGAGAGGAGCAAUACAGUGGGAUGCUUCUGUCGGCCUACAAGGAGAUGGUCCGUCAGCUGUCCUACUUGGUUGAAGCUUCCCAUUCUAUGCGCUGUUUUUCUAAAGCAGCUCCAAAUUGCUCCAUCACACAGUUUUCUGACCGCCAAGAUAAUUUGAAUGAUUCAGGGGAUGGUGGAGGAGCCCCAGUAUUCAAAUGGUUCUCCAUAUUAGAAUUUGAGACUCUUGCCCAGGAGCUUGUUCAGAUGUUUGUUUCAGAGCAAAAGUUGAAGAGGCUGCUACUCUUGGAAUUUCUCUCGAUUGCUUUAAAGGAAGGUGUAGAACUCCAGACAUCAUUAAAUUGGGGUGAUGAACUAUAUGAUGGUGAAUCAAAUGAACUUCAGAGUAUUGGCCUUCAGUCAGGAGAUGCCUACUCACCGCCUGAAAAUUGGUGUGCAGAACGUUUAGGGAGUCAGCGACCUGGCAAUCUCCCUCUGCAUGAAGUUUUACAGGUUUAUUUAACCACUUGGCAUGCUAAUAUGAACAUCAACCGGAUGACGAUUUCUUACAUCAUCUCAGAAUUGGUGAAAUAUUUGAGCUUGUUGAGGAGGAGAUGAAGAUUAAACUGUCUUGAAGAUUCCGAUUCAUUUUGUUUGGCUAUUCAUCAAGGAAGAAGAAAUGGAAAAGAAAGAUCAAUCAGUUUACUAUUCACCAGGUUUCUCUAUCCAGUGUCUUUAUCUGCCUUAGUAGAAGUCUUCAGAGCUUACCUAUCAUCUUAGAAUAUAGUACUGGUCUCCUUGUAACCCAUAAUAUAUUUUUUUAAUCCAAUGUUCGGUUACCCUGGAAUCAUAUUGGGAGGAGAGCGUUGGACCAACAUAUGUUAUUGAAAUGAGAUUUCCAAGUUAUCAGGAUCAUUCGCCUAGCUUCAGGUUUGUUCUGUGCUGUUGUAGAUGUGUAAUAUUUACUUCAUUCGCCUGCUGUACAGAUCUUGGUGACAUGCUCGUGGAAAAUGCAUAUUGCUUUUAGUGGUUUUUCA